GCGCAGGUACGGGAAGUGUUUUCAAGAGGUUUACAGCUCAAUUUCGCACAAUAAAAAUGCUUUUCCUUUCAGUGGCUGUUCAGUGGUAUUUGCGGAUGUGAAAAUGGAGUUCAAAAAAAAUCCUAACUGGAGAGGACUAUCUCAGAAGUUUUCCUGCGGAGUCGGGCAUGUGAUUAAUGAUGUCACUCGCCGCAUGUUACAAACAUUCCGAAUGAUUUUUCUCAUGAGAGUGGUUGGCAUUUCUGCAACCUAUGCCGGCUUGAUUGCUCUUUACACUCUUUUUACCGGUGCAGUAAUAUUUGCUCCAGUAGCAGGUUUUUUAUGUGAUAAGGUUAAGAUUCCUGUCCUGUCACGCAAGCAUGGAAAGAAAAAAUCGUGGCAUUUGUUUGGAACUAUUGCAACUGCAAUAGGUCUGCCGCUGUUCUUCAGCAAAUGUUUAGUUUGCGGCAAUGGAACCAGUGAGUGGGUGGUGCUGUUGUAUUACUUUCUCAUAGCCACCGUACUUUCAUUUUCCAUGAACUUCAUUGACAUAUCUCACCUGUCGAUUAUUCCUGUUUUGGCAAAGGAUCAAAGUAAGGCCACCGAGCUUACUGCUUUAAGAACGGGUUUCAUGUACUUAACUGGCAUCGUUUCCUACCUUGUGGCUUGGCUAAUUCUUGGACAAGGUAGACGUGAUCUGUUAACAAAAGAAAGCUCAAUGGAUUUUCUGGUGAUAACUCUGAUAUUGACAGCAGUAGGACUGGUUUGCUCUGCUAUUUUCCAUUUUGGAACCAAAGAACCUUCAGAGGAUUCAAAGGACAAGGCGCUUCCUGAGUCAACUGCAGAUUCUAUGACUGAAGGCUCCUUCAUACCAUCGCCUGUUGUCUUUCAGUCAUUGGCGUAUUUUGGAAUAUAUCAACAGCGAGAGAAAAAUAUCGGGGAUAGAGUUAUUCAUAGUCUGCGAUUAUCUGAGGAAGAAACCUGUCCUGUUAGAGAAAAGAUUUUCUCCCGAACGUUUUUUGAAGCCAAGGAAAUUUCCGAAAUUAAGAUCGUUGGAAAAGAGGAGCGUGAUGCUAAACGGAACAUGCCUGUUGUCUCAAUGACAGUCAAAAGUGAGGACGACCUGACGUUCGUUAAGGCAUUACCAAAAGAGCGAAAAAUAAGUCCUAUGAUGAGCAUCUUUGAUAAAAUGAUGACAAAAGAAAAGGAUUCUAAAGAAGAAAACGACGCGAAGCCAGACAAUGUCAGACCCAUACAUAAUAUUAGUGAAGAGGAUGGUCAGGGAAUAAUGGAAAAUGGACAACAGAAGUCAAAAGUAUACAACCAAGGUCAAAAACGGACCUCCGGUGUUGACAAUGAAGGAUUCGAUCCAAAUGAAACACAGCUUAAUAGCCAACAUUUUCCGGAUGUUAGCCAAGAUGAGGGAAAAGCUCUGCCAUCUGCUUCUGAUGUGAAAUCCGCUCAUCCACCGAGACCAAAGACAGUGCGAUGCUGGCUCAAAGAUCCUCAUUUGUACAAGGUUGCAAUUAUUUACGCGUGCACAAAAGGUUCACAGGAUGUGUUUUACUCCUACCUGCCCCUGCUCCUGACUGACAAACUGAAAUUUGAAAAUGAAGCGAUUGCCAGUCUGCCAUUGAUAUUGUUAGUGAGUGCCACAUUGUCUACCCAAAUAUCAAGGAAGCUCUCUGGAAAAGUAGGAAACCAGUGGUCGUUCAUUGUGGCUGCUCUGACUGUAAUUGGAUCGUGCUUGUGGUUUAUGCGUAUUACCCAGUCAACGAGGGUGUUCACUUACCCUGCCGUUGUUCUACUGGGGUUUGGGUCCUCCGCCAUGUUUGUUAAUGCACUUAGCUUUGCAACCGAACUUAUUGGAGAAAACAAAGCCAGCUCUGGUUUGGUAUUCUCUGUCGUAGGUAUUAUCUCUAACCUGACGUCAGGAACUCUGUAUCUCGUCAUACAAGUUCUAUUUCCUAAAGGAAGUGAGUCUGCCGAUUGUCAAGAGUGUGGGAGUUACGUACAAAACGUGUUCUCAUUCGUGCCCAGCUCACUCGCUGUUCUUAGCUUGCUGCUUGUUAUAAUUUUUCAAGUUUCCCAGACAUUAUGCGGGAAAAAAGGAACCGAGGAGACUGAAGCAACCUCAGGCUAUACAACCCACCUGUGAUGUACUGUCACAAGGAAAUAAUACGUCGAGCUACUGUCUGGCUGAAGUUGGCUGAGGCUACGCAACCUCAUACCCUACUCAGCCAAACUUCAACUCUACAAAUCUGCUAUUUUACCGGUAUACCGCAUCUGACGUACUGUGACAUUGUGUGGCAUUUCUUCAAAACUGCCGAUAGACGUAAGCUCGAACGUAUUCAAGAACGAGCACUUAGAGCAAUUUUUAAAUCUAAGGUGGACACGUACAGUACUUUAUUAAACAGAGCCUCCCUAUCAACUCUAUAUGAAAGGAGAUUACAAAGCAUAGCUACACUCAUGUUUAAAGUUAAAAACGGAUUAAUGCCACUGUAUAUCACAGAAAUAUUCCAGUCUACCUAUAAAGGCUAUGAGCUUAGGAACGCUGAUUUUAAUGUCCUGGGGGUCA